AUGAACGGCGUCGGAACCGGUACAGGAAGCAUCUCGAGUUCUAUAGCCUCAGAGGAGCCGCGAAUAUCUUUCCGACAUCAGCACAUUGAGGACAAAAAUGGACACCACCUGAUUGUUGGGAGGGAAGGAAAGUUGUCGAGAUGCGAGGACGAGCCUAUCCGUACGCCCGGGGCUGUCCAAGGGUUCGGCGUCCUGAUUGCGGUAGAAGAAAACGAAGAAACGGGGAAUCUAGAAGUACGGCAAGUCUCCGAGAAUUCGACCGAGCUGCUGGGUCUAUCUCCUCCACACCUAUUUUCGCUCGAGUGUUUCAGUCGGACGCUACCAGAUCACCAGAGCGACGUGCUAUUCGACAACAUACAAUAUUUGAAUGACACAACACUCUCCGCCGAAGAGCAAGCAGAGAAUGUGCAUGUGUUCAUGCUUAGUGGUUGGGGAGAACCGGGCACCGUGCUGUCGGAAAGUAUGUCAGCCGACCCGGAGGGUCGGCGUAGCUGGACAUGCUGCCGCGCGAAGCCCCUGCUUGCGCUGGAGCGCCUGCGUCGGACGCGUCGAAGCAUCCUGGACAACGUGCUGUCGCCGGCCAGCUCCUCGUCCGGCGCGCGGCGCGGUGGGCCCUCGCGCAGACGGCGGGGGACGGGUGCGAUGGGCAUGAUGGACGUGUUCGCGGUAAUGGCGCAGAUCAACGAGCAGCUGGGUGCGGCACCGGACCUGGACGCGUUCUUGAAGGUCGUUGCGGGUUUCGACGAGUUGUGGAACGGGCAGGUCGUCGCGGAGCUGGUUGACUGGAAGCAGACGCAUGACCUGUUUGGGGGCUUGCAUUUUCCGGCAUCUGAUAUCCCGGCGCAGGCGCGGCAUCUGUACGCCCUUAACAAGGUCCGCCUUCUGUAUGAUCGGGGACAGCCCACGGCUCGCUUGGUUGUCAGGAGUAAGCAAGACCUUCAGACGCCUUUGAUCAAUACAAUGCCGUCCGACCAGCACCCGUCUGGGUACAUUGUAUCGAACGCUGAUGACCUUCUUGGCCUUUUCGACGCAGAUCACGGUGUUCUCGUUAUUGGCGAAGGAGCAAAGAUCUUGGGUCCAAACCAGCAUGGGCAGGAAAUACUCAUCGUGGCGGAGUACUUGCGCCUGAAGCAGUUCAACACUAUUCAGGUCUCGCAGGCGGUGACGCAGGAUUAUCCAGAUUUACAACUGACGACGGGCCUGGAGGUCAUCGCAGGUCUUCUCUAUGUCCCAUUGUCUGCAGGGGGACGAGACUUCAUCGCUUUCCUACGCAAGGGACAGCCGAAGCAGGUCCGGUGGGCCGGCCGACCGUAUAAGGACGGCGAACAGAGCGUGCUCGAGCCACGAGCGUCGUUCCGAACAUGGUCAGAAACUGUGGCCGGACGCUCUCGUGCGUGGUCAGACGAGCAUCUAGAGACCGCCGGCGUUCUCGCCCUCGUUUACGGGAAGUUUAUCGAAGUCUGGCGGCAAAAGGAAAACGCAUUGCAAACCACAAAAUUGACCAACCUAUUGUUAUCAAAUGCCAGUCACGAAGUCCGCACUCCUCUCAACCACAUCAUAAAUUAUCUGGAGCUCGCACUCAAUGGUUCCUUGGACACCGAGACUCGCGAGAAUCUCAGCCAGUCGCACGCUGCAUCAAAAAGCUUAUUAUUCACGAUCAAUGAUUUACUGGAUCUGACUCGCCUCGAGAGUGGCAAUGCAACAUUCUUCAACGAAGUCUUCAACUUGCAUCGCGCAAUCGAGGACGCAGUCGUACUCUAUCGAAAUGAGGCUGUUCGUCGAGGCCUUGGUUUCAGGUUGGACGUCGCGAAUAGUCCAAGAAUGGUUGUGGGAGACGCUCGGAAAAUCCGCACCGUCGUUGCGAAUUUAACCGCUAACGCUUUGAAAUACACCGAGCACGGAUACAUUUCCGUUGAAUGCCGUGCCUUUGAUGAGCCCAUGGGUCUCAGAACCGCGGAGAACGUUGCAGUGGAAAUCAUUGUGUCGGAUACUGGUUGUGGUAUUCCUGCUGAGAGACUGGAGUGUAUCUUUAGAGAGUUCGAGCAAGUAGAGAGCACAGAACAGAGAACGCCUACCCAAGGCCUUGGUCUAGGUCUGGCCGUGGUUGCACGGAUCGUGGAGCAGCUUGGUGGCCAACUCCGAGUUGAUUCCAAGAUCAAUGAAGGCAGUCGCUUCUCGUUCCUUAUUCCAUUCUCUACGGAAGUCGAAGGUACGGCUCCGUCAUCCCCGUCUGAAUCCCGUUCAGCCGGCGGAUCGCAUCGGGAGUCUCGUGAUAGCAGCGCAGCUGCUCGUGAAGACCAGAUUGACAAUCUGGUAGAAGCACUGUCCUCCCAUCACCUCAGUAUCCAGAAACAUGGUUCUCCACGUCCGCAAGACAAUGACAAUGCCUCACUCCACGAAAGUGACAAGAUGCAGAUGACCGGAUUCAACACACCAUCGCUUUCCAUUACUGGCGAUGACGUUAGUGUCACAUCAAGUCAGAAUUUUCGUGCCGGUUCCCCCGCUCGCGGCCCAUUUCUCAAUGAACACUCGACGGCAGUAGUAAUAUCCCGACGUGCGACAUCACGAAGUUCAAGAUCUGACAGUGGAUAUAGCGCCAAACUUCGUUUGCUCAUUGUCGAGGACAACGAUAUCAACCGGAUGAUACUGGCCAAACGUUUGUCACUGGACGGACAUAACGUUGUGAACACCACGAAUGGUCAGGAGGGUGUAGAAAUGCUUGAAUCGGACUGGGAGUUCGAUUGCGUACUCAUGGAUCUACAAAUGCCCCUGCUUAAUGGUUUCGAGGCCACACAACGAAUCCGUCAGAUAGAGCAGGAGCGGCAGGUCGGGCUUCAUCGGAUUUCCCACAAGCUCAACGGGCGUAUACCCAUUUUUGCGGUCUCGGCGUCUUUGUUCGAGGAUCAGCGAGAAGAGCUCUUCAAGCUUGGAUUUGAUGGCUGGAUCUUGAAGCCGAUCGAUUUCAAGCGGUUGAAGAUUAUCCUGCGCGGGGUGGUCGAUGCUGCGCAACGCGGAAGAGACGUCUACAAUCCAGCUGGCAACUGGGAGGUUGGCGGGUGGCUAAAGGCGCACGAGAAGGUUCCUGGUGAUGUCUCGUGA